GGCGUAGCGGAGCAGGACGGCGCGUGGAAGGAGCAUGCGCGCAGGGGGCGUCCGGCACAGACCGCGAUCCGAGCCGCUGAGAGGAACGGGGAGGGCGGCGCCGGGUGUGUUUUACGCUGAAAGUCAGCAGUCGGUCGUCAGUCGUGUCAGUCAGACAGCAACCGGGAACAACAUGACUGACAUCCAGCGGCUCCCGAUACAGCAGCAGAGUCAGCAGGACAGAGAUUUAAUUGACAUCUUGUGGAGGCAAGACAUAGACCUUGGUGUUGUUCGUGAGGAUUUCGAUUACAACUACAGACAAAAAGAAUAUGCACUAGAGAAACAGAAGAAACUUGAGAAGGAAAAGCAGGAACAGCUCCAGAAAGAGCAGGAGAAAGCUCUACUGGCACAACUGCAGUUAGAUGAAGAGACGGGUGAAUUUGUUGCCAUUCGGCCAGCAAAGAACAGUGAGCCUGCAAACACUGAAGGAUUGACGGAAUCUAUACAGAUACCAAGGACAGCAGAACAAGAUAAUGAGGCUCUGUCAUUUGAUGAAUGCAUGCAGCUUCUUGCAGAGGCAUUCCCAUUUGUAGAGGAUAUAGAGACUGUUCCACUUGAAGCUACAGUUCCUCUAGAACCUUCAGUUCCAAUUCCAGCUCAGACUAGCUCUCAGCAAAUGGCUCCUCAUGAGACCCAGCAAGCAGAAACUUCAGUCCUGCCAUCUGCAGCACCCGAGUCAAACUCUCUGGAGGACUUAGAGCAAACCUGGCAGGAGCUACUUUCAAUUCCAGAGCUUCAGUGGCUGCACAUGCAGAAUGAGCACUUCGGUGGUACUGCAGGUUUUUCUUCAAGGAGCAAAGCAUCCGAGAUACAAAGUGACGGUUACAUUGCCACAUUGCCAAGCGAUCAAAUGGUGACGGAAAGCAAUCACAGUUUCCUCUCUCUUUUUGACCGUCCCUAUCAAGAAAUAAUGCCACCCGAGAGUCAAGACAUGAUCCAGCUCAAAACAAAUGCCUCAGACAAUGCAAACUCUUCAUUCAGUAACAAUUUCAAUGGUCUGUUUUGCUCAACCUUUGUGAAUACCCAGAGAAACAGCAAUCUUUCCCCACUUACCACCAUGACCGAUUCCCUUACUGGGAUACUGGAUGAUCCUCUUCUUGAACAAAUUACCAUUUCUGACUUGGCAAUGAAUGAAAAUUUUGACUGUAAGCAACCACCAAAUUUUCCUGAGGUUCCGGAUUCAGACUCUGGCCUGGGUUCAAGCCCCAAUACAGCUUCUCCACACAAUUCAAUGGGAUCAUCUAUCUGUGGAGAUGCUCCUUAUAGUCAUGGUGAUUCUGACAUGGAUGACCUUGAAAGCAGUCCUGACAGUGUUAAACCAGAGUUUCCUGAGAUGUACCCAAUGCAGUAUCAGAAUGAAGACCAAUAUCAGACUCCCUCUCUUCAAGAUCUUACAAAACCCAGUCCUUGCCUGAAUCUUGACACCAGACAAACACCAAAGGAUGAGCUACCAGUAAGCCCCGGCCACAGGAAAGCCCCGUUCACCAAAGACAAGCAUUCAAAACGGGUGGAAGCCCGGCUCACCAGAGAUGAGCAGCGAGCUAAAGCACUGAAAGUUCCUUUCUCUGUCCGCAAGAUUAUCAACCUCCCUGUGGAUGAUUUCAAUGAGAUGGUAUCCAAGUACCAACUUAAUGAGCCUCAGCUUGCCCUAAUUCGUGACAUUCGCCGUCGUGGCAAGAAUAAGGUGGCAGCUCAGAAUUGUCGGAAGCGGAAACUGGAAAACCUUGUUGGUCUGGAACAAGAUCUGGAUAGUCUUGAAGAUGAAAAGGAAAAACUCCUUGAAGAAAAGGGAGAGCAUAACAAAAGCCUGCACAUAAUCAAGCAGCAGCUGAACAGUCUAUAUCGUGAAGUGUUUAGUAUGUUACGAGAUGGAGACGGCCACCCAUAUUCCCCCAGUGAAUACUCAUUGCAGCAUACAAGUGAUGGCAGUGUCUUUCUUGUCCCAAGGAGCAAGAAACUAGAGAUAAAGAGAGAAUAAAAUUCCAAUGGAUUUUUGUUGAACCCUAUUUUUUUAAACUGAAGUCAUGCGAACCCACAAGCUUAAAACUUUAGUAUGUUAGUGACUCCUACACAAAAGACAAUUAACUCACUAAAGAUUGCUUAUAAUAUAGAUGACCAAUCAAUUAGAAUGCAAAUGUAUUACACCAGACAAAAGCAACGCUAGGAGGGCACCGGUAAACAGCCUUACUGAUUAUUCUUUCCUUUCAAUGAUUUUUCUGUAUUGCUGAUUACACACUGCUUCUGUUAGUGUUUCUGUAGUUUUGUAAAUAUUGCACAUCAUAUUUAUAUAUGCAGUUUUCUAUCUUGUUUGCUACUGAAUGGAAGUCUUUCAUAGAUUUAUAAAAAAUGUAUUUUUAGUAAGCUAAUUUUCUUCUGUUGCAAGUUGUUUUGUAACUUUUUAUUACAUUUCAAGAUAAAAUGAGAAUUAGUCAAAUGAUUAUGAACUUCUGUUUCUUUGCUUUAUAUAGGGAAAAUAAUAAAAUAUAUAAAGUUCUCUAGAGCCUAGUGUUUGCUUCAAGUCAUUUGGGUGAUCAUUGCCCAUUUAUUAAAGUGUUGUUUCAUCAAUC